GUUUCUGCAGAAGCCAGUACGAGUUCCGGGUUCCAAAAAAAUAAACGCGCAGAGCUCAAAUGCUCCCCAGAUCUCUAUCUCUGGGCGAUGGCGCCGAGCGCGCUGCUCCUGCUGCUGGCGGCCGCCCUGGCCCCGACCCGGACCCGCGCGGGCUCACACUCGCUGCGUUAUUUCGGCACUGCCAUGACCCAGCCGGGACACAGGGAACCGCGGUUCAUCGCCUUCGGGUUCGUGGACGACACGCGCUUUGUGUGGUUCGACAGCGAUGCGAUGACCCCUAGGGAGGAGCCGCGGGCGCCGUGGAUGGAGGAGAAGCGGCCAGAGUACUGGGAGCGGCAGACUCGGAUCGCUAAGGCGAACGCGCAGAUUUUCCGUAAGAAUCUGAGGACCCUGCUGCGGUACUACAACCAGAGCGAAGCAGGGUACCACACCAUCCAGUCCAUGCGUGGCUGCUAUAUGGGCAGUGAUGGGCGCUUCCUCAGCGGGUACUACAGGACAGCUUAUGAUGGCGCCGACCACAUCUCUCUGAACGAGGACCUCCACUCUUGGACUGCUGCAAACAAGGUAGCUCUGCUUACCCAGCGCGAAUAUGAGGCAAGGAAUGAGGCAGAGCGCCACAGGGCCUACCUGAAAGUUACAUGCAUGGAGUGGCUCCGCAGCCAUCUGGAGAAGGGGAAGGAGUUGCUGCAACGUGCAGAUCCCCCAAAGACACAUGUGACCCAUCAUCCCAGACCUGAAGGUGACAUCACCCUGAGGUGCUGGGCCCUGGGCUUCUACCCUGCUGAGAUCUCUGUGACCUGGCACAGGGAUGGGGAGGAACAGACCCAGGACAUGGAACUUGUGGAGACCAGGCCUUCUGGGGAUGGAACCUUCCAGAAGUGGGCAGCUGUGGUGGUGCCUUCUGGAGAGGAGCAGAGAUACACGUGCCAUGUGCAGCAUGAAGGGCUGUCUGAGCCCCUGACCCUGAGAUGGGCUCCACCUCUUCAGCACAUAAACCCCAUCAUGGGAGUCUCUGCUGGCCUGGUUCUCCUUGGAGCUGUGGUCAUUGCUGUGAUGUGGAGAAAGUUACCAAGGAGGAGAGCAUGACACUGUGGAACACAGCCGUACAAAGGUGAACACACACACAACACACACUGUCAUGAAGAACUCCUGACUUCUUUCUGCAAUUGGCAUCUGACAUAUGUCCAUGUGUGAGCUCCUGUCAGCAAAAUGUGAGUCUGUUUAGGCAAAAUGGGAUUAGCAUUCUCCAUCCCUGCCUAUUGAGAAGAGCAUCUAGAUAUGACUGAAUUCUUACCCAGGGUUGGUUGAUGAUUCAGUGUACAGCAAGUUGCUUCAAACUUGGGAGAGGAAAUAAAACUUGAACAUUCCAGAAUCUA